AAUUCUUGCAUUUUUAUGCCAGACUCUCUUUCAGCGACGGCGAGCCAUGCGACGAAGACGGAAUGGGCGAGAUAUCGAGCAGGAAGGUUUGCUCUCCAGACGUAGCGAGUGGAUGCUUCGAUGAAUGUUAUCACGUACUGCUCGUCUUUAGGACUUGCGUCAGGUAAGUUAAGAAUAUCGCUGUAGACUUUCUGCAUCAGUUUGUAACGUGUGGAGCCAGGAAAGUGACUUGGAAACGGAUCAUGGGUAAGAUUAGCGAUCGGACGCGUGGUGCAAACCGUGAGACGGGAUUGCGGCUUCAUCUUCGUGCCGUCAGGUAAAAGAAGACUAUUUUUAGCAAGAACUGCUGCUCGUAUUGAAUGAUUAAGAUAAGAAUCCCUUGUGAUGGAUGGCCGAACCGUUGAUGCUAGAUAUCUUCUGUGGCUUUGUGUCCUGAUAAUCGCAGGUAGAAAUUGGCGUUAGUAUAAAAUGAAGAAAUGAUAAAAGGAGAAAGCGCUGGGACCAAGUGCAAGGACGCGUUUGGAAUCUCCAGAAGUUCCCUGUGCCGCGAACUGAAGAACAGACACGCCAUGUUGAGUGGCGGCUCGACCGAGGAGCUGAGCCGUGGAGAGAAGAUUGAAGCCAAGUUCAGCGACAAUAUGAACAUUGGUAUCGGUCGACGAAGUGGACGCUGUUGGUGAUAAAACUGGUUUCAGCGGAGCACAUGUGCCAACUGCAGCAGCUGUAAAGAUACCAAGUAUUCGGACCUGAAAUUAUUCGAGCAAGGUUAGCUUAAACUUUAGAUGCAAAGACCGGAGGACGAUGCUGUGACGACGACGGAUUCUGCGGCGUUUUCGGCAUCUGCUGCGUCUGGGUCGUCGACUGCUGCGUUGGCAGAUGUGACUUCGGUAACCACAGCCCCCACUGGCCGUUGCAGGCUGCUGCAGACAGAGAUUCCCAUACACGGUAUUGCACAGCCACGUACCUCUAUUACCCAAGUUGGGCUAACUCCAGCUGCUGCUGCUUUGCCUCUUCUGAUUAUUGCUGCGAUGCCGUCUUCUUCAGUUAUCGUCGCCAUAGCUCACUCCCCGGCUUGCGGACCAUAAGCUCUCAGCUCAGAUUUCAAGCCCAAGGGAACUGGAUAAAUAUAAAAACAGUGAAAAUAGUAAUGCUACUUCAUGU